CAUACACUGGGAAGCUUGCAUUUGGAUUUUUUUACUCAUAGCAAAUCCGUCUGAAGUCUAACGUUUCCGAACCGUAAUGACAAUAUCAGCUUAACUUAUCAGUUUUUCUCGCCCGGAAAUAACGUGGUGGAAUUAAUCAAACAUUAACUACCUUAUUUGAUACGUCAAUCUUUUAAGAUUAACGGGCGCAGCAAAUUUUUAAUUAAUGUACGGAGUAAUUAAGCGCAAAAUUCAUAUCACAGCAGAAAAUCGACAAAUCAAUUAAAAUGAGGAGCGUAUUAUUUGGUUUAAUAAUUGCUUUCGUGGGACAUCAGAUUGAUUCCACUAGGGGUGUACAUAAAUGGCGACUCCGCAAACAAAUAGUUACCGAUAAAAGCACAUUAGCACCUACAGAUUCUACCACCGAUAUCAUCGUCACAGAUCCACCGACGACGAUGCACCUACCACCACUUUUGCCGCCUGGAAACCAAAUUGUUCUAAACCCCGGUGAUACCCGAGCCACCGUCAGCAACAAAUUUGAACGGAGUAACAACAAUGCGGGUGGAAUAAAAAACUGGGAAUUUUAUGGUAACAAUUGCGUCCUAAGCGUUACCUGUCCAUGCUUCAAUAUUCCUGUAUCAUGGAACUGUCUGGAGUCAUAUCUGCAAAUACGGACCGGUCGUUUUUCUCGCUUUGAAAGAUUUUGUGGACUUAAUUCACCAAAUGGGUUCGUCUCUCACUCUGGACAAAUCAUCAUGGAAUACAAACCUAGCCAACAAGGGAGCCAUAUCACAUGUUUUGUUGCCUGUACUCCAUUUGGAGUACCUAUACAGGCCCAAUCAAUCCCAAACUAUAAAUGCCCAGCAUUUUAGAAUUCACAUAAUUAUUUAAAUACAUUUGAGCUACCUACUUACAUAGUCCGACCAUAAGUUCCCGUGAAUGCAUUUCCGGUGAUAAAGCCCAAAGUAUUAGAGCU